AUGAUAAAUUCAUUAUUAUCAAUCCAGAACUCCCCAACCAAGUUCUUGAAAGCACCAUUUUCAUCCAUUAACAGGAAACAACAGCAAGAUGAAAGGCAGAGCAAGAACAACACCCUUUCCAUGGUGGAAACCAAAUCUAGAAGAGCCAAGACAUUGGCGUGUCUCUCCAUAGCUAGAAGAAGAAGAAACAACGGUGUCUCUGAAUCUGAAGAAACGGCCAGGUUCGAACAAGUGGGUGGUGAAGGAAUCUCGGUUUUGUGUGGGUUAGGUUAUUGGGUGCAAGGCUCAAGAUGUUUCCCAUGGCUUGCUCUCAACUUCCACAUGGUUCACAGCCUCGGACUCCAGCCAGCCACGCUCCAGCUUGUGCAAUACUCUUGCAGUCUUCCAAUGGUGGCUAAGCCUCUCUACGGUGUUCUCUCAGAUGUUCUUUACAUCGGAAGUGGUCGUAGAGUUCCUUACAUCACCAUUGGAGUGUUGCUGCAGGUUUUAGCUUGGGGUUCAAUGGCGACGUUCCAAGGAGCUAGAGAAGUUCUUCCUUCGCUCAUGGCAUUUGCCAUGCUGAGUAACCUUGGAGCAUCGAUCACUGAGGUUGCAAAAGACGCUCUUGUUGCAGAGUACGGCCUGAGAUACCGAAUAAACGGUCUCCAGUCUUAUGCGCUCAUGGCUUCAGCAGCCGGUGGAGUCCUUGGAAACUUGCUCGGAGGAUAUCUCCUACUCAGAACACCUCCUAAGGUCUCCUUCCUUGUUUUCGCUGCCUUGCUGUCUCUGCAGCUUGUUGUUUCCUUGUCUUCCAAAGAAGAAUCCUUUGGUCUGCCACGGAUCACAGAGACGAGCUCGGUGUUGAAGAGCGUCAAGAAACAGCUGUCGAACUUCAUGGAAGCAAUCCAGGCAGAUGAGAUCUCACAGCCUCUGAUCUGGGCAGUGGCAUCCAUUUCAAUGGUGCCACUUCUCUCGGGAUCAGUCUUCUGUUACCAAACUCAAGUCCUAAACCUCGAUCCUUCCGUUAUUGGAAUGUCGAAAGUGGUUGGACAACUCAUGCUUCUUGGUCUAACAGUGGUCUAUGAUCGAUACUUGAAGACACUUCCCAUGAGACCACUGAUCCAGAUCGUCCAGCUCCUUUACGCUCUGUCGAUUCUCCUCGACUACAUCUUGCUGAAGCAGAUAAACCUCGGAGUUGGAAUCUCCAACGAGGUCUUCGUGCUCUGUUUCUCCAGCUUAGCAGAGAUCCUUGCACAGUUCAAGAUCCUCCCGUUUGCGGUCCGAUUAGCCAACAUGUGUCCACAAGGGUGUGAAGGAUCAGUGACGUCUUUUCUUGCCUCAGCUCUGUGUUUAUCACAGAUUGUUAGCGCCUUCCUAGGCGUGGGGUUGGCUAAUCUGAUGGGUGUGACGUCAAGCAACUACACGAAUCUGUCUUCAGGGAUUCUGAUACAGUCUCUAGCAGCUUUGGUGCCUUUGUGCUUCAUGCACUUUGUCCCAAUGUCGGAACCUGUGAUUGGGAAAGAAGUAAAAAGAGGUUCAAGUAAGAGAAGCAGGAGAAGUAGACGAGUUGGGAGAGUAGUGCCUCAAGAGAACAUUGCUAAACGACGAGGAAGAGAGUCAGAAGAAGCUCAAAGAUAG